AUGGCUAUUGUGGCCAAGAAGACAUGGUUAAUAGCUUGGAAAUAUCGACUACAUCGACCAAAUCCUGUCCCUUCUGCUGAAGAUUUGCGAGGUGUCUCCAUCAUAAAGCCUUUAACAGGUGUUGACCCUAACCUUUACAGUAACUUAGAAACUUUCUUCAAGCUGGACUACCCUGCUUAUGAACUUCUCUUCUGUGUAGCACAUGAUCAGGAUCCAGCCAUAUUUGUCGUAAAAAGUCUCCUUGCUAAAUAUCCCAAACAUGACAGCAAGUUAUUCAUUGGUUCCAAAAAUGUGGGUCCCAAUGGGAAGAUUAACAACAUGGUGCGUGCUUACGAGGCAGCAAAAUAUGAACUCAUAGCAAUUAACGACAGUGGUAUGAGAAUGAAUCCAGACACAUUAUUAGACAUGGUAUCUGCCCUCACUGAAAAAGUAGGCUUGGUACACCAAAUGCCUUACUGCUGUAACAGGAAGGGAUUUGCUUCUGUCUAUGAAAAGGUGUUUUUUGGUACCCAGCAGUCACGGCUUUACCUGAGUGCCAACUCAAUUGGAAUCAAUUGCACUACAGGGAUGUCAUGUCUGAUGAGGAAAGACCUGAUUGACCAGGCUGGUGGCAUGUCAGCAUUUGGCAAAUACCUGGCAGAAGAUUACUUCUUUGCUGAAGCUAUUCGAGAAAAGGGUUUCCAGACUGUUAUUUGCAGCCAACCAGGAAUGCAAAAUUGUGGGAGCUAUUCCAUUGCAGAAUUUCAUAAACGACUCAUAAGAUGGUCUCAGUUGCGUACAUCUAUGAUUCCAAUGUUCAUCAUCCUGGAACCAUUAUCAGAAUGCAUGAUGCUUGGGGUGCUUGCCUCACUAGCAGCAGAAUAUAUGUUUGAUAUCAGCCCCAUGGCUUUCUUUCUACUUCAUGUCCUUGUCUGGUUUCUUCUCGACUAUAUUUUAAUGCAAAUUGUUGAAAAUCAAUCCCUCCCAAUGUCCAAGUUUGAGUUCCUUGUAUGCUGGCUGUUGCGGGAAGUGAUGACCAUCUAUCUAACAAUACAAAGCCACCGUGAUUGGACAAUAGUAUGGCGAAACCGACGCUACAAGGUUCGCUGGGGGGGAAUAGCUGAGGAAGUGGUCUAG